UGCUUCUCUGUAUUGGGGGGUUUCUGGGCUCGAAGCUCCAUCACGUGUGCUGUCCAAGUCAUGGCUUCCAAAUGCCUCAAGGCCAGCUUCUCAUCGGGGUCUCUCAAGGUCCCAGGAGGGGCCGGCGGGGGCUCGGCUCGCGUGUCCACAAUGUUCUCCAGCAGCUCUUGCAAGCUCCCCGGCUUCUCCCGGGGACCCCGGAGUUUCUCUGCCUGUUCAGUCGGGCUGGGCAAGAGCAGCUGCAGGGCCGCCAGCUGCCUCCCUGCUCUCUGCCUCCCCUCUGGAGGCUUUGCUACCAGCUACAGCCUGGCCGGGGGCUGGUUCGGCGAGGGCAUUCUUACUGGCAAUGAGAAGGAGACCAUGCAGUUCCUGAACGACCGGCUGGCCAGCUACCUGGAGAAGGUGCGGCAGCUGGAGCGGGAGAAUGCGGAGCUGGAGAGCCGCAUCCGAGAGUGGUGUGAGCGGCAGGUGCCCUACCUGUGCCCCGACUACCAGUCCUACUUCCAGACCAUUGAGGAGCUCCAGAAGAAGACCCUGUGUACCAAGUCUGAGAACGCCAGGCUGGUGGUGCAGAUUGACAAUGCCAAGCUGGCUGCAGAUGACUUCAGGACAAAGUACGAGACCGAGGUAUCCAUGCGGCAGCUGGUGGAGUCAGACAUGAAUGGCCUGCGUAGGAUCCUGGAUGAUCUGACCCUGUGCAAGGCCGACCUGGAGGCCCAGGUGGAGUCCCUGAAGGAGGAGCUGCUCUGCCUCAAGAAGAACCAUGAAGAGGAAGUGAACUCACUGCGCUGCCAGCUUGGUGAUCGACUCAACGUCGAGGUGGACGCUGCCCCGCCCGUUGACCUGAACCGUGUUCUGAAUGAGAUGAGGUGCCAGUAUGAGACCCUGGUGGAAAAUAACCGCCGGGAGGCUGAGGACUGGUUCAACACCCAGACUGAGGAACUGAACCAGCAGGUGGUGUCCAGCUCGGAGCAGCUGCAGUCCUACCAGGCGGAGAUCAUUGAGCUGAGACGUACGGUCAAUGCCCUGGAGAUUGAGCUGCAGGCCCAGCACAGCAUGAGAGAUGCUUUGGAAUCCACCCUGGCGGAGACGGAGGCCCGCUACAGCUCCCAGCUGGCCCAGAUGCAGGGCCUGAUCGGCAACGUGGAGUCGCAGCUGGCGGAGAUCCGUUGUGACCUGGAGCGGCAGAACCAGGAGUACCAGGUGCUGCUGGAUGUCCGGGCCCGGCUGGAGUGUGAGAUCAACACGUACCGGGGACUGCUGGACAGCGAGGACUGCAAGCUCCCUUGUAACCCGUGUGCCCCAGACCACUCGCCCUCUAAGUCUUGCCUCCCCUGUCUUCCUGCGGUCUCCUGCGGGCCUGGCACAGCCCGAACCACCUGUAGCCCCCGCCCCAUCUGUGUGCCUUGCCCAGGAAGCCGGUUCUGAGAGUGACUAGUCCAGAAAGCCAAGGCCACUGCAUCCAGGGCUUGGAUUUGGCCUCGGCCUCAAUUCAACCAUAACCCUAAAGCCCAAUCCCCUGUAACUUUGUGCCUAGCCCAGGCCCAGACAAUUACACACUUUAUCUUUCUCAAAGCCUGCUACUAAGGUCGGAGGCCUUAGUGGCAAUAAGACCUCGAAGGCCUCAGCUCCUCAUUACUUUGAUGGAGGCCAGAGAUUCUGUUCUCAGGCUGCCUCCUAGGUCAGGUUUUCCUAUCCGGCGCUGUUUCGGUGGUGUCUGAAAUGCAGCACAGGGCUUUUAUUGUAUGAACAAUAAAGCAUGUUUACUCUGGUUCUCAAUGCCCUA